GAUAUGUCGACCAUACUAAUCAAUAAGCAAAAUAAUAUAGAAAAAAAAAAUGAAUAUACCUUGAUCUUCAAAUGUAUCGUAGAAUGUCUAAACAGGAUAAAGUUCAAUAUAUUUAAUUGAUAACUAUCAUAUAAUAAUACUAAUAAAGAUGGAAAAGAUGGAAACAUUAUAUAGUUAGAUUGAGAGAAGCCAAAAGACGCCAAUGUAAAUGGUUGAUGGUAUUAUUGAUGAUGGGGUUAGUGUUGUAGAUUCAGUCCUUUCAGAUGGUAUGAGUUGAUAAUGGAAGUUUUUGGAGCCAGUUGGAGAAGAAGACCCCAUAAAAAUUAGGAAAAAAAAAACCUGAGUUAUAGGCGUGAGUUUAUUUUUUUGGCAUAGGAUUGGAAUUAUGUAUGAUUGUUUUUUUUUAAUUAAAAAAAUUAUUUUAAAACAGAAAAAGCAGGAAGAAGACAAGUGUCCUUCCAACUUCCUGUUUUAAAAUAAUAGUAUUGAUUUCCGCCAACUUUUGUUUAUCUACUCUGUAUUAUAGAUAUCUAGUGAAGUAAUUACCGCCGUUUUUUAUAUAUACAUUUAUAAUACCUAGUGAAGUAAUUACUACCAACGAUUUAUGGUAAUCCGAUUCAUCAAUAAUUGACGUAAAUUAAUACCGCCAAUUUUUGUUUAACCAUUACAGUAAUAAAUUCUAGUGACUCUUUGCCACUUUCCUCAAUAAAAAAAAAAAAAAAAAUAGAAUAGGUGGCUGAUAAAUUAUUUCUUACAUAUUAAGGAAAAAAAUGACGUAAUCUUACAUUUUUGCUAUAAAUACUGCCCUAAUCUGACCAUUUUCUGCCCUAGCCUCCAUCAAAUUUCAAUCAAAUUUUCAGUCAACAAAUUUCAUCUUGUUUUCUCUCUCAAUUUUCCUUUCAAUGGCAUCAUCAUCCUCCUGCGCUUGUUCUUCGACUUCAUCCAAGAAGUUCGUCCUUAAGACUUCUGAUAAGGAGUUAUACUAUGUCGAUGAAAAUGUUGCAUUACAAUCUCUAACAAUCAAGCACAUGAUAGCGGAAAUCGGCGACAUCCAAGGCCAGAUUAUCCCGUUACCAAAUGUCACCGGUAAGACUCUUGGUAAGGUCAUCGAGUACUGCAAGAAUUAUGAGGCUGAAAGAACUGAUCGUGACGCUGAUGAUGAUCCAAUUAAGGUGUGGGAAGAAAAGUUCUUGGAUGAACUUGAUCAAGACACCUUCUUUGAUCUUAUGCUUGCUGCGAACUAUAUGGAUAUCAAGAGUUUGUUAAUGGUAACAUGCAAAUAUGUAGCUAGGACGAUCCAAGGGAAUUCACCAGAGGAGAUCAGGAAGAUAUACAACAUCAAAAAUGAUUAUACACCCGAACAAGAGGAAGCGAUUCGAAGGGAGAACCCUUGGGCUUUUGAUGCAAUCAAAGGUCGAAGAUGAAAAGGAAAGAGCAACUCCAUCUAUUGAUCAUCAAACUGUUCCUUAUUAAGCUUAGUGUUAAGCUGCUGCAUUUGUGUAGAUGUUUUAAUUUACUCAUUUACUACAUUGUUGAAUAAGUACUAAGAACAAGAAUGUUUUGUUGCUCUGCUACAUUUGUGUGCUGGAUGUUUUACUUACUAUAUUUACUGCUUUGUUGAAUUCAUAUAAAGAACAGAUUAUAUCUGAAAUUCUUAGUAUGAAUCUUAUUGAUAAUCAUACUUGUAUUAGUUGAUCGAAAGCUCAAAAGUAUGAUAAAAUAUUAUGCAUGUUUAUGUUGAUCAUUUUAGGUUUGGGUAAGGUCUAUUCCGAUUGGAUCGAAUGCAGUCUUGCAGUUAAGUUCAGAAUGGGUUAACUUUGGGGUCUGCUAGUUAUCUUGUUAUGGGAUAUAGUAAAUCAACAUCAGCUAUAUAUAUUUCAACUGAGCGAAGUUACGCUCAGUUUCGAGUAGCUAAAAAAAAAAAAAAAAAGCUUUUAAUAUAGCAUUAUCUCAUCUCUGCAGGCACACUAAAGAAAAAUCAUAAACCAUCGCUAAAUAUGUAGUAGUAUAUCAAGAAGUAUGAUAUCUUUUCUUUUGAUAAAUGUCUUAAAUAGUUUAUAUCACAAUAAAUUCGGAUGGGGAGAGUACAAAACUACAAACAAAACCAGAAUUUUCAAAGAUCGACUCAGGUCUCAGGUAGACUACAUAAAAUGGCAAGCAAUCCAGCAAUGAAGACCGUGGUGAGAUUAUCCUGUAAAGUCCUACUGUUGAUAAUGUUGAUUGUUGUGCAGCAGCUAUUUAGCGCAAACACUCCCCUAAAUAUCAAA